ACCAUGUGGAGAGUGGUCCUGGCCUACAGGAACUACCUGAUCACCUUUCUCACCCCUCUCCUGCUUCUCCCCCUGCCUCUGGCUGUUCCUUACAAGGAAGCACGAUGUGGUUACACUAUCAUCCUGAUGGCGCUCCUCUGGUGCACAGAAGCUCUGCCGCUGGCGGUCACAGCUCUCCUCCCGGUCGUGCUCUUCCCACUCAUGGGCAUCAUGGACUCCACAAAGGUGUGCAUGGAGUACCUGAAGGACACCAACAUGCUCUUCAUCGGGGGGCUGCUUGUGGCCAUCGCUGUGGAGCACUGGAAUCUGCACAAGCGCAUUGCCUUGAGGGUCCUUCUGAUACUGGGAGUUAGGCCCGCCUUGCUUCUGAUGGGGUUCAUGGGGGUCACCGCCUUCCUCUCCAUGUGGAUAAGCAACACAGCCACCACUGCCAUGAUGGUCCCCAUCGCACAAGCUGUCCUGCAGCAGCUGCACAAGACAGAGCAGGACAGGAUCUCUGCCGAGGAAGAGACCAUCAGGAACGGGAGUGUCAACAGAGCAAACACUGAGCAAAAGCCCGCUGGCGACCCUACUUAUGAAAGCGUGGUGGCCGUGGAGAAAGAGAAGGAGCCAGUCAACCAACAGCAGCUUGAACAGAAGCAUCUGACUCUUUGCAAAGGAAUGAGCCUUGCGGUGUGUUACUCAGCCAGCAUCGGUGGGAUUGCAACCCUAACAGGCACCACCCCUAACCUGGUUCUCAAGGGACAGUUGGAUGAGCUGUUUCGCAACAACGACAACGUGGUGAACUUUGCCUCCUGGUUCGGUUUUGCUUUCCCGGCCAUGAUAAUUCUUCUGGUGCUGUCCUGGCUGUGGCUGUUCCUGAUGUUCCUGGGCUUUGACUUCCGGAAGAACUUUGGCUGCGGCGCAACUGAGUCAGAGAAAUUGAGGUUGAAAGAGGCCUACAAUGUGAUCAGGAUCGAGCACCGGGCGCUGGGCCCAAUGAAGUUCUCUGAGAUCACCGUCCUCGUCCUUUUCGUCAUCCUGGUGUUGCUUUGGUUUACCAGGGAACCUGGUUUCAUGCCAGGCUGGGCAAAUCUUGCCUUUGCCGUAGGAGGGAAAAGCUACGUCACAGAUGCUACCGUGGUCAUCUUCAUCUCUCUGCUGCUAUUCCUGAUUCCCUCUGAGGUGCCCAGAUGUUGUUCCCAAGGCGGAGCCCAGCAAGGAGACAGGGCCCAGCAGAUCCAAGUCCCCCCAUCCCUCCUGGACUGGCAGACGGUCAACCGGAAGAUGCCCUGGAACAUCGUCAUCCUCUUGGGAGGCGGCUUUGCCUUGGCCAAAGGCAGCGAGGCUUCUGGCCUGUCCACGUGGUUGGGGAGCAAGCUGACCCCUCUGCAAAGCAUCCCUCACUCGGCCAUCACUUUCGUCUUGUGCCUCUUGGUUGCCGUAUUCACCGAGUGUACCAGCAACGUGGCCACGACCACCCUCUUUCUGCCUAUCCUGGCUUCCAUGGCUCAGGCAAUCUGCCUUCACCCUUUGUACGUAAUGCUGCCGUGCACACUCUCUGCCUCCCUGGCGUUCAUGCUCCCGGUGGCGACCCCUCCCAACGCCAUUGUCUUCUCCUAUGGGCAACUCCGAGUCAUCGACAUGGUCAAGGCCGGCUGCAUGCUGAACGUGUUGGGGGUGCUGACCAUCACUCUGGCCAUCAACACCUGGGCCUACCCCUUGUUCGAUCUGGGCCACUUCCCAGCCUGGGCCAACAGCACCUCAAGCGCUCACUGCUGA